GGGAAAAUUUGUGUGUAAGUUGUGUAUGAUAUAAAUACGAGUAACAUAGUCGAUUUUAAUUCAGUACCUGUUUUGGUCUCUUUCCUAUUUUUUGAGUGCUUUCGGUUAAAAUGCGAAUGAUCUUAAUUUCUUGCUGUGUUGCCUUAUUGGUGGCAACAGCUUCAUGUGAAGAAGCCAAAAAAGAAACAGAGAAAUUGCAAGAAGAGUCACAAAACAUCGAGAAACGUGGAAUUUACGGAUCUUUCGGUGGAUCAUAUGGAGGUGGUUCAGAUCAUGGAUGGUCAUCAGGUGGUGGCGGUGGACAUCAUGAACAUAUUAAAACUGUCACAAUUGAAAAGAAAUAUCCAGUUCCAUACGAAGUUGUGAAGAAAAUCCCAUACACAGUUGAAAAAAAAAUUCCAGUUGAAGUGAAGGUUUCCGUUCCACAACCAUACGAUGUCAUCAAGAAAUAUCCAGUCACUGUGAAAGAAGUUCAAAAAUACACAGUUGAGGUGCCAAAGCCUUACGAAGUCAUUAAGAAAGUUCCUUAUGAAGUGAAGGUACCUGUCGAAAAACCAUACCCCGUCAAAGUGUUCGUCCCAGAACCUUAUGAAGUCAUCAAGAAGGUCCCAUACACUGUUGAAAAAUACGUUCCACAACCAUACGAAGUCAUCAAGAAGGUCCCUUAUGAAGUUAAGAAAACCGUCGAAGUUCCAAAGCCUUACGAGGUCAUCAAGAAAGUUCCAUAUGAAGUGAAAGUACCAGUUGACAGACCAUACCCCGUUGAAGUUCCAAAACCUUAUCCAGUCUGGAAGGAAGUCAAGGUCCCAUACACAGUUGAAAAGAAGAUCCCUUAUGAAGUGAAGAUCCCAGUUGACAAGCCUUACACUGUUGAAGUUGAAAAGAAGGUCGAAGUUAAGGUUCCUUAUCCAGUUCCCCAACCUUACGAAGUCAUCAAGAAAGUUCCUUAUAUCGUCGAAAAGCCUUCACCUUAUGAAGUCAAAGUCCCAAUUGAUCGUCCACAUAUUGUCCACAAAGAAGUGAAAUUCCCAGUUCACAAGGAAAUCCCAACACCUGUCCAUGUCCCAGUCUCCCCACCCCAACACCAUCACCAUGAACAAUCCCAUUAUGAGGCUCCCCACAGUUCUUAUGAACAAUCCCACUCGUCAUAUGAACAUCAUUAUUAAAUAAUUAUUAAUUCGUUCGUUCGUCGUAAAGGCUUGAAAGAAUUAAGAAUGUCACCAACCAAAAAUGAAGCUUAUCCUUUCCCCCAAAUUCCUACGAUCAAAACAAUGUUUGUUACAUCACAAAUGUGACCUUUUUACGCUAUGCCCUCAGAAACUAAUUUCCAUCCAUCAAUCCAAACGUCUUGAAAAAUCAUGCUGAAUAAUUACAAAAUGGAAAUCUCCUCUUAAAUGUGAUGCUACUGUAAUUAUAAGAAAAUGUAAUUUUUUGGAAAUGAUUAACAAGCAGUUUGAUAAUAUUAUUUAAAACCUUCACAUCCUUAUCUUGAGUGAAAUGAAAUUUUCACACAAAAUCCUAGCAUUUCUAUGAAAUUAUUGAAAUUGAUUGUAAAACUGAUCUUUUCAUGAAGAACGAAAAGCGAGAAGAUAAAAGAAAAUCGAAACUAAAAAAAUAAAAACUAUUUACGUCUUUGAUUUUAAAAACCUUAAAAAA